AUGGUGUAUGCCUCCUACAGUGACCUCGUACAGAAGCAUGGCGAAGCUCAUGCAAAACAGUUAGCCGAGGAGAAACACCAGAAGCAGGCAACCGAAGGCGAUGCCGAACCCGGCUUCCCAUGGUAUAUGCCUCACCCGGACUUCCCGCAAAGCCAGCCACACACACAGUACCUUGUCUGGGAUGGAGCAUCGCUCCAGACGGCCAAUGUUGACACCAACACUUCGCCAGAUACGGCAGUGGAGCUUCCUCCUGCCGAAGGAAAGGGCAAGGGUGCCAACAGGAAGGGGGGUCGGAAGGGCAGUGCUAAGGCGAAACCGGGCAACAACGGUGGCAAGGGUGCCAACAAUGGUGGGGUUACCAAGAAUACUCUGGAGGCACUGGCGGGGCCGGAGGCAGCCACUCAAGAUUGGGACAAUGCUUCGGUUGCGGAUUCACAGGCUGGCAAGCCGAAAAAGGUUCAGACCAAGGCCCAAAAGGCCAAGUCCAAGCUUCGGGAUUGCACUACGAUCUCUGUGGAGGGCAGUGUGUGGCUUCGCAAGCUGAAUGACCUCAAUGAGGAUGAUCUCAAGGAGAUUGGACUGCCCGCUGAGCUGCGAAAAGCUUACAUGAGUGCUAUCAGUGAGCACCUCGCUGCUGUCGCCACGGCAAGCAAGGCUAUCGAGGAUCUCCUGGUGAAGGACACAAAGGACGAGGAAGCUUUGGGCCAAACGAUUUCUGUCCUCGACAAAACCGUGAAUGCCUACCAUUCCUUCAUUACUAAGACCAUCAAGCCCCAGUUCGCAGAGGCAAAGGCACCGGGCAAGAGCAAGAAGAAGGGAAUGGACACCGGCCUGCCUUCGAAUCUGCUGACAAAUUUGGUGUCGAUGAUUGCUAAGGGGGACCGGGACAUCAGCUUUAGCACGGCCCGAGAGUGUGCUGAAGCCGCCUGCCAGGACUUACAGAAUCAAGGUGUGCUUCCUUCCGGGGCUUUGCAUCGGCUAUCACAAGCCGGAAGCUCUGGAGCUCACGGCUCCAAUGUCGAGCGAGAUGUUUUGCGACAGUUGAAAUCCAAGGUUCCUGUCGAUGCUGUGAACGUCCCCGUCAUGCUGAAGGUUGCUGGUCGGAAAACUUGUACCACCAGGACCUUCGAUGUCAUUUUGCCCCACCGGCUACUUCCUUGGCUCCUCCAGGGCCGGACUCGCGAGCAGCGGGAAAACCUCAUCGGCACACCUGCCGAUAUCGCCGAGUACUGGAGCCACACUCAGGGUCAGCCGGGUCACCCCGCUACACUAUCUGGUGAUGGUGUCAACCUCGGGGAGUUUCUGCCAAUAGGUUUACACGGCGACGAAUUCAGAUUCACACAAGCGGGGGAGAAGCUGAUGGCGGUGACGAUGAACUUUGUAGUCGCGGGGGAUCGGCUGCGGUUUCCGCUGUUUCUAAUCCGAUGUGUUUCUUGGAUGCAGAUUUAA